GUUCAUGAUAUUACAAUUUUAUUAUGCUCGUGGAGGUAGCUUUGAAGAGUACCAAAAUCAGAUGAACAUUUAUGCUGUUGUCGAGACUAUCGAGGUGAACGGAGAAAUUGUCGAUUGCGUAGACAUCAAUAAACAACCUUCUUUGCAACACCCUUUACUCCAAAAUCAUGAAAUUCAGACGGAACCGACGUCGUUUCCGGUGGAUCAAAAACCCUCCUCGUCAUUUUCUAAAAGUAAUCAAGUCAAGAUGCAGGAAGCAGAAUGCCCUCUCGGAACAGUUCCAAUUUACAGAACGCCGAACGACCAUCCAACGUUUCUUCCAGACAUGUUCUUCGCCGACUUAAACAAUUCCAAAGACGUUCUUCCCGGAAAAACCCGCUUAGCUGCUCUCAGGACGAAGGACGAGUACAACUACAUUUACCGCGGAGUAAUGGGAAACCCUGCGUUGUACAAUUUAGAUGUGCAAAAAAAACAAAUUAGCAUAUCGGGUGUUUGGAUCGAAAAUUUCGAAGACAAUCCUAAAAACAUCAUCGUUACUGGACAUAUGGUAUCGCCUUAUUUAAAGGGCGAUAAUAGGCCUCGAAUGUUCGUAUAUUGGAGUGGUAACGGGCGUGGAAAUGGAGGAUGCUAUGAUUUUCGAUGUCCUGGUUACGUGCAAGUUCAUCGUAAAAUCGCUCCUGGAUCUGCUUUCGUACCAGUAUCGACCUACGGUGGACAAACCACCGAUCAAAGAUACGUAAUUUUCGAGGAUCAAAAAACGGGAAAUUGGUGGAUUACAAUCGGCGAACCUUCGGUGACAAUCGGGUAUUUCCCUAAAGAACUGUUUACGCAUCUUAACGCUAGAUCGAACCGACUCGGGUGGGGAGGCGUGGCCGUAGCCGCGGGGGACGGAACAAUGCCGCCUAUGGGCAGCGGGCACAAACCGGACGGAGACUUCAAACGCUCGGGCUAUGUCAGAGGGGUUCAGUACGUGGAUGCGAAUUUUAUAGCUCAAAGUCCUCUUAGAAAUGGCGUUACGAAAUUUGUUGAUGAGUCUGGAUGUUAUGGCUUUGACAACUGGGGGUAUAAUAGUAAUUGGGGUUACGUAAUUCUGUACGGAGGACCUGGUGGAUUCUGUGGACGGGGAUGA